CAAGUUGAAUGGAUUAAAAAAAUUUAUUUUAUUCUUUUCGAUCGGAUUAAAAAUUUACUAAUAAUACAAGUGAUAACGAAGGUCACAGGAUGGAGUAGCCCAUAGCCUCGGUAGUUAGGAUCACACUAACCAAUAACAUGCACCUUCAUAGUGGUGCAAAAAUGCAUCGCAAAGGAUGUAGAGUCCAUUAUUCAUGUGACCGUUUGCAAUAGUCCAAUUGAAAUGGGUCCUUUGGGAGCAAAUAGGUUAACGUUCAAUGAGCGACUUAUAAGUAAAUCUUGGAAAACUUGCCGACUCAUCAUGAAGCCCGAACUUAUAAAUAACGGAUAUAGGAAGGAAGGACUUGAAAUAAAUUCUGCACAAUAUAUUUCAAGCAAAAUGAAGUCGGCAAGACCUACCGACUAUAAGCUUGUAUUUCAAGAACUUAUCAGUAAUUUGAAUAUAAUACAGGGACUUCGAGGGUAAUUUCUCCCCUAACCUUUGGUCCCGAACCGAUCGAGCUUCGAUUGACGCCGAGCUUGGGCUUCUGACCCCUCGACGCGGAUCUGGCUUCUAAACCCUCGCCCUCCCCGCCAUGGCUUCUGAACCGAUCGAGGUUCGAUUGACGCCGAUCUUGGGCUUCUAAACCCUCGACGCCGAUCUUGGGCUUCUAAACCCUCGACGCCGAUCUGGCUUCUGACCCCUCCCCCAACCCUUGGUUCGUUCAAUUCCCUCUCGCCUUGCUCUUCUAAUGGCAAAGCCUUCCAAACGAAUCAUCCAUGGCUUCCAAAGGAUCUGUUCCCACAAAAUCCAUCCAAAUCCUUUGCCCCAAAACCCCAUAUCUUCUGGCCAGUCUAGGUUCUUCAAUUCCAGGCACCUGAGCUCCAAUCACUCUUCCAACCAUCCGUCGCCCUCAGGAAUCUGGAGAGGAGCUUAUUCCGGUGAGGUUUUGUCCAAACCCGCAUCUCAAAAUGGUAUCUUUUCUCGUUUCCUCUCCCCGAAGUUCGAUUUAUGCUCUCCACAGCUUAAUAGCUUCAACAAGAAUUGCUCUUAUGGGAAUCUCCCAGCUGGAUUUUCGAAUUCGAGGCAUAUGAGCUCCGGAAUCCCUAUCAAGUUACCAUCUUUUUCUUCUGGGAUCAAGGGGCUUGGUAGGAUUAAUGAGAAUGGGUUCAGAUACAGGUUUUCCUCAGUUAAGAAUUACAAUUCUAUCAAGUUUAAUGGAAAAUUUGGAAAUUUGAUGGUUGAGAAGCCGUUGUCUUCCGUUUCAUCGGCAUUCUCGCGGUACCGUGAGGCGGUUGGAUUGCAAGUUGAGGCAUUUUGGAAGAGAAAUUACUUGGUCCUUGUGGGGGCUGGGGCAGUAGUCGUCUGCAUUGCACUUUGGAGAAUCAUGUUUGGAGUUGCAAGCAUUUUUGUAGGGCUUUCGGAAGGCAUGGCCAAGUAUGGGUUCCUUGCUUUGGCAACCGCCAUGGUAGCUUUUGCUGGCUUGUAUCUUCGUUCAAGAUUCACUAUCAAUCCAGACAAAAUUUACAGAAUGGCAAUGAGGAAGUUGAACACAUCUGCCGGGAUUCUUGAGGUGAUGGGUGCCCCUCUAACUGGGACAGAUGUGAGAGCUUAUGUUAUGUCUGGAGGUGGGCCUAGAUUGAAGAACUUUAAGCUUAAGUUUGGUGGCAAGCGGUGUUUCCUCAUCUUCCCCAUCAAAGGAUCUGAAAGGAGGGGAUUAGUAAGUGUUGAGGUCAAGAAGAAAAAAGGCCAGUACGACAUGAAACUACUUGCAGUUGAUAUACCAAUGGCAUCAGGGCCUGAUCAGCGGCUGUUUCUAGUUGGCGAUGACAAAGAAUACCAAGUUGGUGGGGGGUUGAUAUCUGAACUAAGGGACCCCAUAGUAAAAGCAAUGGCUGCAGAGAAGGAGUUUGAAGAUCUCGAUGAAAAGGAGGAGGAAGAAGAUGCAAUUAGAGAGCAAGAGGAGGCACAAAGAAGGCAGCAUGAGGAAAAAGAAAGAGCACUUGCAGAGGAAGAAAGAAAACGGCGUGAGGCAGAGAUGCUAGUACAAAGUAGCCCUUAGAAGUGAUGGAUGUUCUUGUUGUGCCUUUUUCCGGAUACAAAACAACGGCAUGCUCCUUGUUAAGAGAACGGAAUGUCGGAACAUAUCACAAAGGCUUCGGCCAAAGAAGCCUGAAAAGGUUUUUCUCAUCUCUUUUUUCUUAUCCGUGUCAUAGGGAUAAUGGUUUUAUCACUCAUGAAGCAUUAAAGCAUACAAAGCAUUACAUAAAUUCAGUCACAGAAUAUUAGAUUUUUGCAACUUCUUAAGCUUGUUUUUAAUAUUUUCACGCGAUCUUGACUAAAGGAUAUAGCAUUUUACUUUGACACGAAACUAAAUCUUCAGUAUUUAAAAA